AUGUCCGCUACUACAAAUACAAGCCAAAAACGCGGCCUAGUCUCCUACGGCCCCUACAGCACCGGUGGGUGGAAACUGCAGAACCUCACUCUCCGCCCUCUCCAAGCACGAGAAUUGCUCGUUGAAAUUGUCGCGUCGGGAAUAUGCCAGACGGAUCUGCAUUUUGCGGGUGCAGAGAGUGGGUUUGGGGUUCAUUAUCCCCGGAUUAUGGGGCAUGAAGGAGCCGGAUAUGUUCGAGAAGUCGGUCCCGGGACACAAGGAGCUAAACCCGGUGACGCUGUUAUCUUGUCCUUUUCGGCAUGUAAGAGCUGUGAGCCGUGUCAUCGGGGGCAUCCCGCGCACUGUUUCAAUUUCAACGUGAUCAAUUUCGAAGUGGUUCCUGAGAACUACGCGUUCAAGGAGCAAGGGAAAUCCCCCAAUGAGGCAAAUGGGUAUGAUAUCUACGGCAAAUUCUUCGGUCAGUCGAGUUUCUCUAGCUGGUCUAUUGUCCGGGAGGACUCCGUUAUCAAUGUCUCCGGUACCGUCCACACGCGUGAGGAAUUGCAGCUUCUUUCGCCACUAGGCUGUGGAAUCCAGACCGGGACUGGGGCUAUCAUCAACGCUGGAAAUGCUACUCCCGACGACCGGGUCGUGGUACUUGGCCUGGGCGGUGUCGGGUUAAGCGCCGUCAUGGGCGCCAAGGUCGCAGGCUGUAGACAGAUUAUCGGAAUCGAUCGACACGAGUCGCGCCUGGAGCUCGCUAAGGAACUCGGUGCUACUGAUGUCGUCAAGGUUGACGGAUUGGAUAAUCUUGCUGUUGUGACAGAAGCAGUGCGGGGUAUGACCAGGGGGUUGGGCGCGAAUAUCACGCUGGAUACGACGGGUGUACCCGCGCUGAUCGCGGAAGGCACGCGGAUGACCGGGUUCAAGGGGAAGAUCAUGCAAGUCGGGACUGCGCCAGAGGGAGGGACAUUGUCGAUUCCAAUCCACGAAUUCAUGGUCUCCGGGAAGCAGUUUAUGGGUGUUGUCGAGGGGGAUGUGAAUCCGCAGGAGUAUGUUCCGCGGAUGAUCCAGUGGGUGAAGGAUGGGAGCUUGCCGUUGGAGAGGAUUGUCAAGUUUUAUCCGGCGGAGGAGUUUGAGAAGGCGAUUGGGGAUAUGCAGUCAGGGAAGACGGUUAAGCCUGUUAUUUUGUGGUAG